AUGUCUCAUCGUGCGAGACCUCUUCAUUACCACAUUCCAUUAUUCCCUGGAUUCCAGCUGCUGGAUGUAGCAGGCCCGCUAGACAUUCUCAACAUCCGCACACAGUACACAGCCACUGCGGACAUCUCCUUGACUGUAUCAGCAGAGACAUUAGACCCAGUCUCGGUGAAACCAGUGCCACCCCCUCACCCCAACUGGCAUUUUGACCUCCCCGAGUCCGACUUGCAGGCCUGUAACCAACACAUGGUGCCACAGCGCACCUUUACAGAAGUUAUCUCUGCCCUGAAGGAGAAUGCUACUAGCCGCGACAUCAAACCCAUCGAUGUGCUGAUCAUCCCCGGAGGUCUGGGGACGCGACUGGACCGGAUAUACGGCAAGUCUGACAAGGUCUCCAAUACACAGCAAGUCCGGGACUUUAUCACUGCUGUUGCACCCUAUGUUCGUCACAGCAUCAUCACUAUAUGUACAGGGAGCCACGUCCUCGCACAGACUGGGCUACUAGAAAACCGUCGGGCAACAACAAACUCCGCCCGCUUCGAUGAUGUUGUUGAACAGACACCCCAGGUGAAUUGGCAGCGCGACAAACGAUGGCUGCGAGAUGUCGUGCCAGUGGACGUACCAACCAACGCCUUGCAGCCUGGAACUGAGAUUUGGACCUCUGCUGGGAUUACCGCUGGUAUCGAUGUCAUGUUAGAGUUUAUUUCUGCCCAUUAUGGUGGCGUAGAGAUUGGAAUACAGACUGCUAAGCGAAUGGAAUAUCGCUGGGAGCGGGAGCGGGCGGCAUCUUACUUCUUGUGA